CAGGAGCUGAGCGAGGAGCUCGUUCCGCGGUGGAGCAAACCACCGAGAAGGAAGCGUGGGGGUAGGCGGAGCGAGGCGACGUUUCGGCAGCAUACGAAAUUAUUCUUUGGUUUCUGCAAAGAGAGAGCGAGAUUAGGUGCAGUGCUGAAGGCAGGCAGUGCUAUUUGGCAGCUGGCGAGGGGGUUCGGUCCCAGCCAAUUGCGAAAGACGGUGAUAACGCGGUGCCCGGUUUUCUAAGUUGAGCCACUGCCCGUACGGUGGGAGGAAGGGGUGUGUAUGUGGGUGUUACCUUGUGGAUGGUGCGCGGUGUGUAUGUGUUGAUAUUCAGGUGAUACUGCCGAGUAGGUAUGAGGACAGGGGCUAACACAGAGUAGAGAUGGGUGGAGUGCAGAUUGUACCACUGAGAAUGUUUUCCUGGGGGUACCACUUGAUUUGAAUGGUGCCGUUCUAGGUACAAGAGGGAGGGGCCGGGUAGUACCAAUUCGGGUGCGGAUAUACAGGGAGAGUUAUACUGUAUAUUACAAAUUUGCUCACAGAACCAUUGUGAGUGGGUGAGGCAGAAUCCAUGUAGUACCACUGGAGGCUUCAUUGCGGGUGAUACCACUGCAUGGUACAGGGAGAGGGAGGAUAGGAAGUACCACUUUGGAGGCUUAGGGAGGUAAAGCUUAGGGUGCACCCCGAAGUGCUGGGUCUGCUGGGGCCAUGUAAGAAGUUGUCAGCACAUGAGUUGUGUGGGGGACCUUCAUCUUGAGUAAGAGCAUUAAUAAGGGGGUUGAGUGGAUGGUAAAAGGACACUGACAUGAGCAUUUGAGGAGGGAUAGUUUCACAGGUUGAAGAGGGUCGGGAAACCAUGCCAAGACACGGCUCUUAGAGGCAGAGAUUCUUCAGAGCAGGCAGUCCAGAGGAUCUCUCAUUGCCAUGGCCUCAAACUGUACUGGGGGUGCAGCGACUGCAAGUGUUGGUGUAACUCUAGGCACUGCGCUCAGCGCUUCCAAGACAAAGACAAAGAAGAAGCAUUUCGUCUGCCAGAAAGUGAAGCUCUUCCGAGCCUCAGAGCCACUUCUGAGCGUCCUUAUGUGGGGAGUCAACCACACGAUUAAUGAGCUGAGUAAUGUCCCUGUCCCGGUUAUGUUAAUGCCAGAUGACUUUAAGGCCUACAGCAAGAUUAAGGUGGACAAUCACCUUUUCAACAAGGAGAACCUGCCAAGUCGCUUCAAAUUUAAAGAAUAUUGCCCACUGGUGUUCCGAAAUCUCCGGGAAAGAUUUGGGAUUGAUGAUCAAGAUUAUCAGAACUCCGUGACGCGGAGUGCGCCGGUGUACAGCGAGAGCCAUGGCCGCUGCGGGGUUCGCUUCCUCACCACCUAUGACCGGCGGUUCGUCAUCAAGGCGGUGUCAAGCGAAGAUGUGGCAGAAAUGCACAACAUACUAAAGAAGUACCACCAAUUUAUUGUGGAAUGUCAUGGGAAUACUCUUCUCCCACAGUUCCUUGGCAUGUACAGACUUACAGUAGAUGGUGUGGAAACAUACAUGGUGGUCACCAGGAAUGUGUUUAGUCACCGGUUGACAGUGCAUCGGAAAUAUGAUCUCAAGGGUUCAACGGUAGCAAGGGAAGCCAGUGACAAGGAAAAGGCUAAGGAUCUACCAACAUUUAAAGACAAUGACUUUCUGAAUGAAGGCCAAAAACUUCAUGUUGGAGAGGAAUGCAAAAAGAACUUUUUGGAGAAGUUGAAGCGAGAUGUUGAGUUUCUUGCUCAGCUGAAGAUCAUGGAUUACAGUUUGCUGGUAGGAAUUCACGAUGUAGACCGUGCAGAGCAGGAGGAGAUGGAAGUUGAGGACCGGGCAGAAGAUGAAGAAUGUGAGAAUGAUGGCAUUGGUGGAAACCCCGUUGGUUCUUAUGGGACUCCUCCUGACAGUCCUGGUAACCUUCUCAACUUCCCACGUUUUUUUGGGCCUGGGGAGUUUGAUCCUUCAGUGGAUGUCUACGCUAUGAAAAGCCAUGAAAGUGCCCCUAAGAAGGAGGUGUAUUUCAUGGCCAUUAUAGAUAUCCUCACGCCAUACGACACAAAGAAAAAAGCAGCGCAUGCUGCUAAAACUGUGAAACAUGGGGCUGGAGCAGAGAUUUCCACUGUCAAUCCAGAGCAGUAUUCAAAACGCUUCAAUGAAUUUAUGUCUAAUAUCCUGACAUAGUUGUCUUCCCAUCCUUGGCAAAAACUUGGAGGGAGAAGAGAAGUGGGAAAGAAGGGCACUACUUCUAAAGCAGCAGGAGCGCAGUCCACUCUGCUGGGGUGUGAUGUUCUGUGAGUGUUUGAUAACAGUGUGACCUAGCAGAAAACUAACUUCUAGCUGUAGAUCUCCAAAUAUCCCACUUAACCUGAUGGAAAAAUGGGAUUUCUCCCUCACCCUUCUUCUCCCUCUCCCUCUCCCUUCUUCUCCCUCUCCCUUCCUCUCUUUCUCCCUCCCUCCCUCUCUUUUUCUUAUUUUGAUGGCUAAAAUAUCCAAACAUAAAACCAAGGAAUUAAGUACUGUUAAGUUCUACACUUCUUAUCUUUGAAGAAUAUCACAGUCUCCAGAUGGUCAGAUGCUAAUCUGAAUAAAUAGCAGAGGUUAACUCUGCACGUGGAUAGUUCCUUCGAUUGGAUUACUGUUCUUAACUCGGAGAAACCCCCUUUUGUUGCUUCUUGUUCUGUGAAAAUAAUAUGACAUUUCGAGGGCAAACUGUUACAGUGCUGUGGAAAAGCCAUUUUAAGUAAAUUGAAGCUAAGACUUUUUCCUUACCUUAUUUUGGUAUUAUAUUUUUAUUGCACCAGUUGUCAUUUCAAAACAAAUAGGGAGGGGAAUAGGAUGGCCAGGUGACUGCUUAAAAUUUGAAGCAAAUCAAGGAAAAAUAACGGUUGUAGAAGAAUCUGUUCUCCUAUCAAAAUACAAGAUCGAAGAAGAUAGAGCAAUAUGAAGUCAAUUUGUGAGUCAUGAAUGCAUUUGUCUUGGAACAACUGACCUAAAUUGUCUCUGUAACGUAAUUCUUAGCAGUGUUAAUCAAGAUGCAGUCAGCCUUUUAAACUUUGAGCUGGUUGUGUGUUUGCCAUAAAAAACUAUCACAUUUUUAAACACUUUAUUGUGCUGUGAAUCAGUGUGUUAGAUAUCUGUCUCCUGGGAGUUCUUGGUGAUUCCAUGUUGGGAGCAGACCAUUCCCAGAACCUUGGAAGUAUGUCAUAAAGUGAUGCAACUGACUGUUUUGUAACCACUAGCACAUACUGUCCUGCUAGGACAUACCAUUGGAAUAAUUUGUGCUAGAUAAUGUUUAAAGAAUUCAAACUCUCUUGUCCUAUUUGAAUGUCAACUUUUUUCUUAAAUCUGCAGACUGUAACCUUGGAUUUCACAGCCUCACUUGUCAAAACUGCUGAAAAUUUUGAAUGCUAUGCAUUAAUUCUGUGUUUUAAUUAUUAUUGGGAGGAGGGUGCUUCUGGGAUUCUUUUUUUUUUUUAAGCUAUGGAUUUAGCAGUUUUUGAACCAUGACCUUGUAAUCAAGACACUUUGCUUACUCUGCCUUGAAAGUUUCCACACAUGCCUUUCUUCUUCUGAAUGUGGCUGUUGGAAUGUUUGUGUCCUUUACUGUAGUACAUAUUUUGCUUUGUGGAUUUUGUCUUGUUGAGAGUGCAGUGAUUUUUUUCCCUUCCUUCCCCUGUGGUAAUAUGCUCUGUCUCCUGUACUAUAUGGUCCUACUUCUUAGCUGGGAUUGUCCCGCCCCCACUUUAAAAAAAAAAUUGCACAAUUUCAAAGGUACAGAAAGGGUUGCAAAGCUUGGAGAUGAUGAGAUAUGCUGUAAAUAGUAGAGAGGUUCUUAAAGGCCUAAAUUAACCCAGGAAUGGGACAUGAAAGUCCUUUUCUGUUCACCUGUGACUUCAAGGCAGGAUUAUUAUUUUUGAUGUCAGAAGCCACUGUUUGCAGUGUUUAGAUGUCCAGCUGACUAUACCAUAAAUUAAGUGUGAAUAUGUGAACAUAUUUUUUAAAAGUGGGAAUGGAUACAUUGACAGGCUGUAAAUGUUUUGAUAACUAGAGGGUUACCCUUUUCCUCUAACAGCAUGCACUUGAAGUCCAUUGUGAAAUAGAACAUAUAGCCUGUCUUUAGCCUGGUCAAGUAUUUCAGCUCCAUUUGCUGUAAUUUUGUUUUUGUUUAAUUUUAAAAAUAAUUUCACCAUGCCUUCUGUAAGUGAUAACCAGAAACAGGCAAGCAUUCUUAUGAGAACUGUCCUUUUUAGCAUCUGUGCCAAAAUACCCGCAAGCAUUCAGCUUCAGGAAGUGAAAAACCCAUGAGAACAUGCAUUUCCCACUCAAGUAAACUCAGUGGAGGAAUUCAACCACAAAUCAAAUUCUCUCCUAAAAUUUCCCCCGUCAAUCAGUAGCCCCAUUGAUCGCCUCUGUUUACACAGCCUACCCCACUGGAAUCGUACUGGGGCACUUGCAGGCAGCCAGACACUUCCAUCCAUAGGUGAAACCCUGUGAGCUCCUCCUCGAAUUGAAGCCCACAGGUGCAUCCAGCAAUGCAUCUCAGCAGAUGCGAACAUGCUGAACACUGAACAGCAUUAAGCGUAGGGCUCCCCAUGCGGAAACAUGAAUAGGCACUUGGUGGUUUUUCAAGGUCCUGUACUCUAUGCCUAUCACCAGUACACUUGUCCAUGCUCUCCACACGUCUUACACUGCUAACCUGCUUCUUGCUGCAUCAUAUCUCAACUAAUACAGAACAUUUUUCCUCAGGUCAUCAUUUGCUUCCAUUGCUUAUAGUAUACUGUCUUAUCCUGCCAUCAAACUUCUAGUCCUUAUUGUUAAAACUUUGCUCUUGCAUAUACAAUUCUCUGCUUGCUCCACUCUUCAUGUUUCAUCAGUACAUCCUGUCUCUUCCCUCUCCCAUAUUUAUGCCUUCUGCUGUGCUGCCCUCUGCAUCUUGGCUUACUCUGCUGUCCUCCUCUCUGAGUUCCUCAAGAAACCCAACUUAAAGCUUAUCCUGAUUUGCUGUUGCCUCUUUUACCUUCCUCCCCUAGCGUACCCAAUUAUUCAGUUUCUACUCUCUGCCCCAACCACUGAAUGUCAUUAAUAGGCUGGUCAGAAUCUGCAACAUUUAGGUGCCUCACCCAUAAUGGAAUGGGUGAAUGCAGAAUCUUUCUAGGGGGACCUACUUUUAGGGGAUCAACAGAACAUUGGUGUGGCUGGGGGUAUCUUGCCUCCCCAAAGGCCUGGGCUGGAUUUCUUUACUUAUAGAAGUAAUAUGACACUUUGAAAUCUUGAAAAUGUAUGUGGAGCCAGGGUAGGAAGACUAAGGAACACUUUAGCAUCCAAUAUUGUUUUCCUCUCCUUGUCCAGUCUUGGAACCUACCUGAUGUUUUCAUCUACUCAUCUUCCAUGCCUCUGAUUCGUAUCACACACUUCCAAAAUUUUUAAGCUGCAUCAUAGAAGUAUGAUAAAAUACUUCAGAAGUAAAUAGAAAUGCGCAGAGUUGCUUUUAGAAUUCUUAAAUAUUUAUUGUUAAUGGCAGAAUUUGACUGGGUCCAAACAACAUGCCACACCCCAUCAUGGAAUGACAAGCAAUGAUAAAACAACCCUCCCAUAACCCUCUGAAACAGACUAAGCUGAUUUGCACAUCCAGAUCACCCAACAAUUACUUAAAUAAACCAUUGCGGUUUACAAGCACCUAUUCUGGAAACCAACCCUGCCAUGUAGCUUGGUGUGCAAUUCCACAAUCCUGAAGUAGCCCCUUGCUUUUGUUAACCAUGCCAAAAACCCAGAUUUCCAAAACAAGUGUCUGCAUACCACUUUGCUUUAUUUAAGCUUCCAUGGAGCAAUUUGAUUGUGCAGACUGGACCAUCAUGGGUUAUCUGAGGGUUGUUUAAUCCACACACAACCCAUCCUUACUAGGUUUGCAUGCUGUAUCAGCACCCCAAGCAGGGGUUACAUACUGAAAUGGUGACUAUGUUGUGCAAACAGAUCCUUUGUGUUUCCAGGGUACAAGAUUGAGAUGUGUUUUCACCUGUGAAAAGUCAAAUGAACUCACCAAUUCAGUGAAAAUGAAUUAUGUACAAGGGGCUUUGGUGAUGUGGAAGAGGGCACAUGCUCUCCCAUCAGUGCUGACAAGACAGCCAUAGCUGGAAUUGAAGCUUCUGAUCCAUCUUUGCUUGUCCCUUGCCCUCACCACUAACCCCUUUUGCCCUUCUAGUACUGAUCACACUGGAUUUUUAUUUUCUUGGUGUUACUGUUAUCAUUGCAAGCAACCCCUGUAACCAUGAGGAAGCAGGCGUGGUUGCCCAUUAAGAGGUUUUGCUGUAUAGCCUAGGAUGACAGCAUUUGCAAUGCAGUUUUGCUCCCCUUUUAGGUGUCUGCUGGUUAGACUUAUUUUCUGUUGAAUCACAUCCAGCAUUUCUUUGUGGUGGAAACAGUUGUCUUGUUAGCUCUACCCCUUGCUUUCGGGCAGGUGAAGAUUCAACCCUAAAGGAUUAGAUAGAUUUCUGAAGGAAGCCAUCAGUGGCUACCGGCAAAAUGGAUGUUCCAUGUUUAGAGGCAAUAAAUGUCCUUGAGUUAAAUCUGCAUGCUUGGAGGAAAAUUUUGAUGAGAAAUUUUGAUUCUGUGCAUAGUGAGUUUGGCUGCCAUCCACAUUCAUCCGUAUACCCUCUGUUACACAUUUUCUCUAGUUUCAUAUAGGCAGUAAUCCUAUAUGAAUCCUGGAAUCCCAUGCACUAGAAAAAGAUGCAGGUGCGACAUUUCUAAGAAUCAAACUGAACAUGAUGCCGACAACUGAGUUUAAUCGUAUCUGUUGUUUCCAUGUAAAGCGGGAUUGGUGGUGGAAUCAAUUUUCAUUGGGAAGCACAGGAAUGUGAACUGCUGAACCCUCUUGCCAUCCUGUGCUCAAUUGCUUCUAGCACUUUUCACCCACCCCCAUCUCACUGUUGGUCAGCCUUAGAGUGAAAAGGAGUUCAACUCUCCAAUGUCAGCUGGCUCUGUAGAUGUUAAACACACACUUUUUGUAGGUGAAUGGGUUAGACACACGGGCUGCUGCCACUGGCCUGUCUCAUUUAACUCUAAGCAUUAGAACGUUAGUACAAGAUUGUGCAAUACCAUCACAGGUAACUUUUAAAAAUUGUAUGAACUGUGAAAACAGCCCCUGUGAUACUAGCUAGGGUGAAGGAAUAUGAGCUGGUUCUGUUCAAGCUACAUUUUAAAUUUAGUAGCUUCUGCUUUUAUCAGUCACCUCUUAACCUUAUGCCUGUAUAGCAUAUGCAGUGGAUUCAAACAUGUUUAAAUGUAUCACAAAGGUCGUUCAAGUAGGGAUGUAACUGAUAACGAAAAACUGAAUCUUAAAAAUGCACCUGUUCAGACUUUGACAAAGAUUAAAAGUUCAGUGUGCUUAUCUGUUUGCUAGAAGUAGUGCAACACUAAAGUGUUUUGAAAUGCAUGCAUGUUAACAAGGUGAAGUCUCCCAGCUGGAGUGAACAAAAUAAAUUUAAACCUUUGUGUACAA